GACUGCCAUCAGGUGUGCAACAGGUGAACCACAGCGAUGUUUGUCAUCAUUUAAAUGAGGUCAGGUGGAGAUGUCGGGCAGGUGAGGGCCAGACUGCCUUCCUAAUAUCAACAUGAUGAAGGUGGUCUUGCUGUCUGAAAGCAGUUAUCUUGGCAGGACUUGAUCCAUGGUCUUGUUCCACCUGACCAAGUGUUGGGCCUGUUGGACUUUCUUCAGCGUCUUUGAGAAGGCUGGCUGUCAAAAGUCCCACGCUGAUGUGACAAGUGAACGUCUCGCCGGUGACGAGGUUGUUGCGCCGUUUGACUCCGCCCUCUUUUGUCCUUCCUGUUGUGGCCAAGCCCCGCCUCCCCCCGACCAUGAAUCCUGCCCCAGACCGUGUUGGCACCCCCCCUUCACCCCCCUCCCUUCCAUCGCCCCCCGCCGUGUCCGUCUUGUCACCGGAGCUGCGCCCGUGCCCCCUCCCACAUGGCGAGGAGGCGGAGCUUGAGUGCUCUGUGUGCUACAGCCAGUUCAACAACGUGUUCCGUUGCCCCAAAGUGCUGACGUGCCGCCACACCUUCUGCCUGGAGUGUCUGGCCCGCAUCAACGUCAAGUCCCUGCAGCCCGCCGCCAUCUGCUGCCCGCUGUGUCGCCACCCCACGCCGCUGCCCGCCCUCGGCCUGCCCAGGCUGACCACCGACGUGGGCGUGUUGGCGUCGCUGCCGGCCGCCAUGCAGCGUGUUUACAGCAUCCGCUUCCAGCGCAGCAAGGGCAGGCUGCAGGUCAAAAGGUUGUCUGACGGUCAGCCGCGCUGGGGGGAGAGGACGCCGGCCACCGACCGCUCCCUGGACGUGGGUCUGCCCAGCCCCCUGGUGAGGGAUGGCGAGGAGGAGGAGGCGGCCGGCGGUGUGGGCGGGGCUUUCUUCAGGCUGAUGGGCCGGCCAGUGUGCCGCGCCCUGCUGCUGACGCUGGUGCUGAUGAUGACGGUGGUGCUGACGGCCGUGGUCGUCUUCUACCUCACGCACGACACGCACGCCCUCUAGCUCCGCCCACCCCCAUCAACAAAGCGUGUAAAAUGUCAACAAAUUCUGUUUUACAAAACAUUUUAAAUAUUUAAUAUUUGUACAAAAUAAAUGUGUUUUUUUUUAAA